CUACAUUGGUCACUUCUAUGUUUGAAUUCAAGUCUAUGUGUAUAGUGUAAACCUGCGCAAAUGGCUGCGGACAUGACAUAAAUGUGCCAUCGCCGAAAUAUUCGUCAGUACCAAAGUUUUCUAUAAACUUUCUUGAGACUUUGCUGCAAAAAAUCAAAAUCGGUUCUCCCUCUACUUCAGUGUCAUUGCAUACUAAAAAGUUUUCAGCAAAUGUCUUAGGGACUGCUAUAUCUUCAUUCAAAGUCGCGUACUUGGUUUUGUCACACAGCAGAAACUUUUUCCGUGCCCUGUACAUCAUGUCCUGCUUUUCUUUAACUGACGGUAUAUCAUUUUUGUUGCAACCUUGACUUUGUAAUUUUUCAAUAUGUUCCUCCAAUAUUUUUGGCACGGGUGACAUCCUCCGGCAGACCUCCUUUUUGCAGGCAUUCAUUGAAAUGAAGAUAUCUUCACUAACGGGACGCUUACAACAGUGGGCCAAUUGAUGACGUACAAUAUUGCCAGCACUAUCUAACGUUAUCGAUACAUUACAGCGAUAUACCCGACUACUUGCACAUCUCCAAAUACUUGAUUCUUCUGAUUCCGGGAUGUUCAAUGGCUGGAAAGUGCAGGGGUCAAAAUGUCCAUACGAACUGGCUGUCUAUGUGGUAAAAAGUAUGAACGUUGUAAUGCCUUAGUGUCAAAAUGUCCAUACGGACCGGCUGUGUAUAUGGCAAAAAGUAAAAAUUUCAAAAUUUGCAAUGGUUCAAAUGGACGGCAGUUAAAAUGUGUUCAGGUCCAAUUAAACAAGUGCCAUAAUGUAUAAUAGCCAACGCGAACACAUGCGUAAAUGCAUCACGGUCUCGUCCUACACUAAAACGAGCAAUAACCGAUAGCAGCCGAUGCAUUUUUAGUGAAUGCCCCGCAAUGGAUCUUCUCCAUAUCCCGUAUCUUUCAAAGGCCCUGCUUUUAUCAAAACAUAAUUUUUAUGUGCCACGAGAUGCAAGGGUGUGCCGUCAACAUUUAGAAUCUGAAAACUGGGACCAUGUAUUAAAUUAUAGUGCAUCAGUUACUGAUUUUAAUGAAAUCCACACAGCAGACAUCAUACAAAUUUAUAAAAGUACUCUACAGUUGAUAAAUGUUACCGUGUCGUCUGCCCUAAUAGAAUAAGGUCAUUUUAGGCUGUAGACUAGAAUUAAAUAAUAAAGGUUAAAAUUUAAUGUUUAGUCAUUUAUUUAUUUUUAACUAUGUAACUCCAGUGAAGCUCAAUCAUAUCUAAACGAUAUAUACAAGACAGUCCUUUCACUGAAGUGGUUGUGAGUGUUCUUUGGUGAUUUUAAUCGCUUAUCAUCUGGCGAUUUGUCUGCUCGUUUCCCUCUUAUAUCUUAAAACAAUUUUGCUUGUAUAUUUAAACAUUACUUGUACAGUAGACGUAAAAUCCCACCAGGUAUGUACCUGUUAGGCACUGGUCCCACCGCGACCUAGUAAGCUAUGAGCUAUCGGCUAUAAACACGAACAAAAGAUAAGCACUCCCGUGAAAAUAAAAGAGACACGGCGAUAUUUAUAGUUACUCGCCCAUCUAUGAAUUCAGGUAUUCAGAAUUACUACGACGACUUCACUAUGACUAAAUUACGUUACGUACCUACCUCUUUACAUAGCAUUCAACCUAUCUCUGUCAAUUUAUAUUGGCCACUUUAGAUUAAAAAGUAACUUGCAUUAUGACUGAUAAAUACUAAAACAAUGUUUAAUGUCACUUUAUAAUGUUUCUCGGAGUUAUUCAGUUACAAUGCAAGAAGAAAGCGAAAAACUGAUAUUUAGUAAAACUCAAAAAGGCAGGGAUUCACUGUUACUUGGUGUACAUAGAUAUACUUUGGGCGUGCAUAAUCCAAGUGGGUCCACUCUAUGGAAGUGCAUAAACCGUCUGUCGUGUGGUUCAUCGAUUACCUUAAACGCCAGUCGAACAAAGAUUGUGCGAAAAAGUGCACAUACUUGUGAGCCAUCCUCGUCGAAAAAUAAAAAUCACCUAGCUUAUCAAAAAUGCAGAAAAAUGGUUUGCGAGUCCUAUGAAUCCGUUCAAAAAAUAUUUGAAGAUGUUUAUAGUCGGGAUAUGGACACAGAUGAAGAUUCGGAUGAUUGUACGAUUCCAUUAUUUGAAAAUAAAAAAAGGUCAUUGUAUAGAGCACGAAAGGAGUUUUUGCAGGUCAAAUCGACGUCUUUCAAAACACUACAAGACGUCGAAGUACCAAUAAUAUUAAGACAAAAUUUUUUAAUUUGGGAGGAUGGAAAUGACGAUAAAAUUUUAUUAUUCGGCACCAAAUACUCGAGAAAAGUAUUAAAAAAUAAAAGUGAUGACACAAUAUUCUUUGGCGAUGGCACGUUCAAAAUAACUCCUCAACCGUUUGAGCAGCUAUUUACUAUACAUAUGGAUGUAAAUAGCACAGAAGAGCAAACUAAUAUCAUACCAAUGCUAUAUGCAUUGCUUCCUGAUAAAACCACAAACACCUACUUACGACUCUUCAAUUACCUGAGAAAUGAGUUAGGCAUGUGCGUAAAAAAAUAUAAAACUGAUUACGAAAGAGCUGCUAUAAAUGCCUUCAAAGAAGUUUACCCUGAAUGCGACGUAAGUGGAUGUUUUUUUCACUACAACAAGGCUAUAUGGAGAAAAUCUGAGGAACUUAAACUAGAAGACACUAAAGAUGGCCGCAAGUUAGCAGAAUUAGCGUCAUAUUUGCCUGCUGGUAAGAAUACCAGCCGAUCUAAUAUUACAAGGGUGGGCUGAAAUAAUGUCUAGUUUGCCCAAGCAUAACAGAUCCAUUCCGGGAGUGGGCAGUCAACGUGAAACCACCCCAAUAGAGAUGUUUGAAAAGUAUUUUAAUAAACAAUGGUUGUCAAAAUCACUUUUGGCAGAAAUCAGCUGUGCAGGUGAGAGACAUCGCACCAACAACGCGUUGGAGGGGUGGCAUAGUAGGUUAAAUAAAAGAAUGCGGGCUAAUCCAAGCUUAUUUCAAUUUAUUCUCUUUUUAAGAAAGGAAGCCAUCUAUCAAGAAUCAAAAGCUAAAGAUGUGCUAUUUGAAAAUGUAAAGAGAAGAAAAUGUGACAUUUUAUUUGAUAAAAAUUAUAAAAAAAAGUUUCAACAAUUGAAGAACAAAGAGAUUACUAUUACUAAUUUAUUGAAGUGUAUUGUGAAGUUGAAGAAAAAUGAAAAAAACUACAAUAAUUAGAUUACAAAAUAAAGAAUAAGUGCUAAUUAUACUACAAACGUACCCAUUUUUUUAGUUUAAGUGCUUAAUUGAAGGUUUUUUUAGUUUGUGAAUAAGUAAAGUAAUUUUUUAGUUUAAGUGCCUAAUUGAAGUAUUUUUUUAG